ACGUUACUUCCGCGUUGCAAAGUAUGGUGAACACUUGCCUGUCCUGUGUGCCAGAUUGUUGGAAAUCCAACAUAAGAUUUAGAGAACAUAGAUGUUUUAAAAUUAAUCCAGUUUUAAAGCCGAUAUUCAACCUUAAGCAAUCCAUAAAGUUUGUAUGUGCUAUCUGCUUCAAAACAAGAACUUCCCAACGAUGGCCUCCACGUGGUGGGAGCGCCUCUCCGUGUCGGUGAAUAAUGGCACAACCCCUGUGGACAACAGCAGCUGUUUCAGUGCCACACAGAGCACCGUGCUGAAGGGGGUGAAUUUCGGAGGAGUGCCCAUCGUUCUGCUGAUCGACUUCAUACUCUUCGUGUUGCUGCUAAUAGUCUUCACUGUGAUCAGAAGGAGACUGUGGGAUCAUGGGAGACUCGCUCUUGUCGCAGAGACUGAACGGUUCGGACAUGCUACUAAACGGCGUUACAACAGAAUGACGUCAUCCAUGUCCGUCGAGGAGCCCGAAUAUGAGAAGGGGUGCUGCUCCUGGAUCAACUUUAUUGUCAAUAUGGAUGAGACUACGAUCCAGGAGAAAUGUGGGGUGGAUGCAGUACAUUAUCUGUCAUUUCAGAAGCACCUAGUCAUCAUGCUCUUGAUCAUCUGUGUGCUGUCCAUCACCAUCAUCCUGCCGGUCAAUCUAUCUGGCAACCUGCUGGGCAAUGAUCCCUACAGUUUCGGGAGAACAACCAUAGGGAAUCUUAAGCAAGGUGAUACGCUGCUUUGGCUGCACACAGUAUUUGCAGUUCUGUAUCUUAUGAUCACGGUGGCCCUGCUGAGACGACACACCUCUAAAAUGAAGGGAACCAAGAGAGACAUAGCCAGAAACACCCUGUUUGUGAGGUCUGUACCCACUGCUGCCAGUAUUGAGAGCAUAAAAACUCACUUCAUGGAGGCGUACCCUAACUGUCAAGUGACUGAUGUUAACUUGUGUUAUGAUGUUGCCAAACUGAUUGAUAUAAACAGAAACCGAAAACGGGCAGAAAAAAAUCUGCAGCACUACACUAAGAUUUUCCAGCGCCAUGGACGUCGUGAGCUCAUCAACCCGCGCCCAUGCAGCCACCUGUGCUGCUGCUGCCGCCGCUGUAAGGGCUGUGAAGAGGUUGAUGCUAUAGAGUUCUACAGCUCACAGGUGGCUGCUCUGCGUGAGGAAGAAGAUAAACUGAAGGAUAGUGUAGAACUGCAUCCUCUGGGCAUGGCAUUUGUCUCUCUGCAAAAUGAGUACAUGGCCAGUUAUAUUCUGAAGGAUUUCAAUGCUCUGAAGUGUGGAGGCGGGGCAAGGGGCGUGGCCGGAGAAGUAAUGGGUGGGGGAAUCAGGUGUGGGUGUGGCCGAGAGCCUCAGCCGUCCUCUAAGAGCACAGAACUUAGGGUGAACAAAUGGGAAGUGAAUUAUGCUCCUCACCCAUACAAUAUCUACUGGGAGAAUUUGUCAAUAAAAUGGUGGCGUUGGUGGCUACGCUUUACGCUGCUAAAUGUAGCCCUCUUUCUCCUCCUCUUCUUCCUCACAACGCCCUCCAUCAUCAUCACCACCAUGGACAAAUUUAAUGUCACCAAGCCCAUUUACUAUCUGAACAGUGCUGUUAUCAGUCAGUUCUUCCCCACUAUUCUGCUGUGGACCUUCUCAGCCCUGUUGCCCACCAUAGUAUAUUACUCUACACUGGGGGAGGCCCACUGGACCAGGUCCAGCGAAAAUAUGAGCAUGAUGUACAAGCUCUACAUCUUCCUGAUCUUCAUGGUGUUGAUUUUGCCCUCACUGGGCCUCACCAGUCUAGACGUGUUUUUCCGCCAGUUGUUUGAUACGCAUUCAGCGGGGAAGCUGAGGUUUGAGUGUGUGUUUUUACCUGAUCAGGGGGCGUUCUUUGUAAAUUACGUCAUCGCGGCGGCUCUGGUGGGCUCUGGCAUGGAGCUGCUGCGGUUGCCAGGAUUACUGCUCUACAUUGUGCGUCUGGCACUCGCAGGUUCGGCUGCUGAGAGGAAAUAUGUUAAACAGAAUCAGGCGUAUGAGUUUCAGUACGGAGCGAUGUACGGAUGGACUCUGUGUGUGUUCACGGUCAUUAUGGCGUACAGCAUCACCUGUCCUGUCAUCGUUCCCUUCGGUUUGCUGUACCUGCUGCUGAAACACCUGGUGGACAAACACAACCUGUACUUCGCGUACCUGCCCGCCCGCCUCGAUCGGCAGGUUCACCUGGGAGCUGUCAAUCAAGCGCUGGCUGCACCAAUCAUAUGCCUGAUGUGGCUUUAUUUCUUCUCUGUGCUCCGAACAGGCUUCAAGGCAGCUACGUCACUGUUCACUUUAGUGGUUCUCUGUGUGACCAUCUUUAUCUGUUUAAGUUACACCUUCUUUGGACACUUCAAAUACCUCAGCCCGCACAACUACAACGUUAAGGAGGAAGAUAAAGACGCAGAUAAAGGUUCACAGAGCUCAAAUGUAUCGGUGUAUCUUCCCAAAGUUUUGAACCCAGAUGCAUCAUCUGAAUCUGAUGAAUGCAGCAUUCACCAUACAUACGGCACCACCGACACAAGUCCGCCCUUCCUCAGCACCGAGGAAGAGUGUCCAGACUCUGAUAUCUAAAAACAAUAAUCAGGCAACGUCGACCAAUCAACUACCUUUUCACCUCUGGAGGAAAUGGUUCUUGCUGUAUUGAGGUUGGAGGUCAGUGUGAAGAUGUAGGGGAUGUACUUGGGGAGAAAAAAAAGUCACACUUUCUAGCUUUUAUUUUUUAUACAUACUGAGGGAACAUUUAUUCUUGAACUGCCAUAUCACAAAACCCAAAGGAGCUUUUCAGGAUCAAUUCUUCUCGCCAAAGACUUUAAACACUUUUCUAAAUUGCCAUUCAAACACGCUGUCCAAACAUUUCUACAAAACCAGCUUCGCCAAUGAGCACUUGCCAAGGAGUACAAAUAUAACUUGAUUAUAUCAAACCACUUGAACUGACACUUGUGCCUUUUUGGAACCAACUUAACACACUUUAUAACUGUAAUUUGUAUGUGUGUGUGAUUUGAGAAAGUGAGCUUCUGUAUUGUUUUUCAUUCCUCAUUUUCUGUUUUAAAGCAACGUUUUAUACAAAUAUGUUAAUAUAUUGAUGUUGCAGAUAUAUUGAGCUCAUAGCUCAGUGGCCUUUCAAUAGCACAUCUGUAUAGUUGUGUGAGAGAAUGAAUCAUCACUAGGUGGCACUGUUCCUCUCAGAUCAGUACAGACUGAAGCAGAGAGAUGUUUCAGUUUCAAUACAAACACAAUGUUUUAUAAUUUAUUACAGAGAAUUUAGAAGAAAAAUAUGCAAAGAUUGUAUUUACAGUAAGGCUCUUACAAUUAAGUAAACAAUAUGCAAAGCAUAAACCUUAUAGUCUUAAAUGUUUUUUUAGUUUUGGUCACUUGCUGACCAUGUUUGUAUAAAGUUUAACUUAAUGUCAUGAUCACACCAGUAACAAAGGAGUGUUUACAUAGAGAAAAUUCUUAUUUUACUGGAAACUAUUAACUAGAAGCAACUCAAGUCUUCCCAAUUUUAAAAAGGGCAAACUUCUUAGAGCAAAGGAGACACAGUUUUAAUUCAUGUAGAUGUUCUAUCAAGUACAAGCAUCAUAUUUGUUCCUUUUUAGAUGUAAUUCAGGGGAAGAUAUUGAAGCUAUUAAGAGAACACUUGACAGCUGUGUUUGUUUGUGUUUGUUCUGUAUAUUCAGUAUAUAACUGAAUUUUAGUGUCUGAUCAUUUAAACGGCUCAACCUCCGAACAUUGAGUCUCAAAUUCUUAAGCCUCAGAUUUUCCUGGAAAUGGAUGAAUGAACGUCCUCCAAACACACACUUGACACAUUUCUCCUGACUGUGGUUUUCAGCUCAUUAGCCAGGAUUGAGCAAAAUCGUCUUUAUUUUAACACCAUAAGCAGCCCACAAACUCGAGUGACCGGCUCCAAGCGCCAGGAUCAGCAUUCAAAACCGCAUAAGAACAGAAACUUAUCCAAUUAGUGUGUGUGUGUGUGUGUGUCAAACUUGAUUCAUAUAUAUAUGUAUAUGUAUAUAUAUAUAACAGGUACUAUAAUGGAACAAAAGACGUGGUAAUACUAUGGUAUUCUUGUUAUUUCUUAUUGGUGCCAGGUGGUUCAUUGGGUUCAUGUUUAGGUUUCCAAAUAUUUUAUUGCACAAAACAUGUAAACUGUAACUUUUUAAGAUUUUUUUUCUUUGGUAUGUUUGUAUUUUAGUAGGAUGGAUCUCAUACUUAAUACACAAUACUGUGUAGAGGUCAUAUGUUUGGUGUUACUGUAAACCAUAUGCACAGUCAUAUACUUCAUUUCAUUCUGUGGGAGCCAGAAAUAACAGUAUUUACAGUGUUUGACACCACAAUAAACACUCUGAAGGCUUCACGGUCCUAAUGACACAAAUGCUCAUAUGCAGCUUGAGACAAAUGAUGCAUGUGAGUCAAAUAAAGCAUUUCUGUAUUUCUUUAAAUGGACUGAAAUCCCAGAUCAGGUUUCACUGAAUGGUGUUUGCUGGGGGUCUCAGGGUGGCAAAACUGCCAAACAAAUGAAGCAUUCUAGUUAUUUGUAUCAAGUGUUGGCAGCUGUAACAAAUCCAGAAAAACCUUACUGUACCUUUAGAAACUAAGUAAAUAAACUGUUUCUUAUAUUAG